AUGAUGCAAGAGCUAGAGGCUGAGGAAGCCCAACCUCGUGGAAGUCUUGAGUUUGUAGAGACAUCGGUAUUAGACACAAUCAUCCCGUUCGCCAACGCUCUCAACAUCGAGGACGUUUUGCGUGGCUCAUUCGAACGCCUGGAUAAUGGCCAUGCCUCGCCUCUAGCGCCAAUUCCGCAGAGGCAGGCACUUUUCUUUGAUGAAACCGUCAAUGUCUACAUCGUAUUACAAACCCCAUAUUUCGACGAAAGAACUCUCAGAUCAUAUCUUGGGAGACUCGUCAUCAAUCUCGAAGCACAAGUGGUUAAUUCGCAGCUGGAAAGCCACGAGGGCCCUCCAGGACAGGAGACCAUUUUCAAUGGUUCCGUCCAAGACAGUGAGGAUCCAUUAAUAAUUGUACAAGGCCCUGAUGACACCGAUCAGUCCUCCGGAGAAGGCCACAUCCUAGUGGUAUGGAAGUUGGCAGCUUUUCUUGUAAGGCCUCGCCUACGUUUGCAAAAUCCUUCAGUCGUGUUCGCUGCUACGGCGAAUCUGAAGCCUACUGAGCAGAUUCAAGAUGCUACAUUGGAGGAAGAAUAUCUCCCGACCCAGGUGCCUUCUGGGGUUAAUUUACUAGAGGCUUUUGGUGAUGAUCCUGCAAUGGGCGGGAUCAAGCCACGUCUCUCUGCGCUGAGAGUAUCCCGGGUGGCCCCAGCAACUCAGACAGCGAGUGAGCUGAUGAGGCCUCUGAAGAACAUCUCCCGGAGGUCGAUCAAGGUCUAUCCGGCGAUGAAUGCACGUGUACGCUACUCUCGACCAAACAGUUCACCAACGAAUCCUUCUGUUAUUGUGUCUCUCGACGUUGAUAUAACCCCAUUUGCAAAUUGUGAAGUCAUGCUCAAGAAGGCGGAGGUGAAGAUUAUUGGAGGCACUGUUGAAGAUCUCAACCGCGUGUCUGGAAUGAUACUACCAAUUACUUCCCUCCCUCAAGAUGACAUCACAUUUCUAUACCGGCUGGAACCAGAUGAUCUUGACGCUACGAAUAAGUCCCAGAUUCGGACACUGGAAAUAUCUGUCUUAGCUACAGCAAACUUGUCUGAAACCUGCCAACCUGAACUCUCGAUGUUCUGGACGACUUCUCUUGAUUUCACCCCUCCUGUGAAUCCAGGUUUCGGUCACCCAACCCAACCUAUCCAACGACCACAUCGACCUGCACAACUCUCCAUAGGCUCCGUCCUCGAAACCACUCCUACAGUUUCCUCCCUAGCUGUAAGCCGACCCGACGCACUUCCAAGCAUAGACGUCACAACCGGUCACCAGCGAAACCCCUCAAUCCCGGACUUCGGGGUAACCAUGACUUUUACUGCUCCACCCACCAGCAGCCCGAUCUACCCCGGCAUCCCCUUCACCUGGUCCGUCUUCAUCGUCAACCGCUCCGACCGCCCCAGGAAGCUAGCACUCAUGGUAAUCCCCAAGCGCCGACGAACCGAAGCACGAAUAACACGACCACCAUCAACCAGCUACGGAGGCUCAAGAAGAGAUCCUAAAGUUGCAGAUGCCGUUGUUGACGAGAAUAUCGUUUAUGCCAUGCAACGGAACUCCGCAAUUGACUCUACUGAGAUUGUGUGUUUGAGCACGGAUACUCGGGUUGGUCCUCUGGCUCCAUCGGCUUGUUAUGAAGUGGAGCUGAAAUUCAUGGCGCUGAAGGCGGGUAUUGUUGGGAUUGAGUGUGUGAGAGUCGUAGAUCUAGCGACGCAAGAGCAUGUUGACGUUAAGGACUUGCCGACGAUACUUGUUUCGCCGUCGAUAGACUCAUGA